AUGGGUCAAAUAGAGCCAGAGGCAAAUUUCUUUAUUUUUCAUCCUAAUACUCCUUUUACUUCAAGUAGAACAAAACAAAAUAGAGUUUUAGCAUUUUUAUUGCAAAAAUUAGCAAUGCUUCGCAAGUAUGAAAAUUUAUGUGGAGUCAUAUUACUACUUUUGAAAGAAUUAACAGGGUAAUUUUUUUAUGCAAAUUAUCAAGGAAAUACUGAACUAAGAAAUAUACUUAUUUAUUAUAAUAAUAUCAUUUAUUAGAACCCUGGUUUGUAUUAGCAAUUUUAUAAUAAUGAAACACCUCAAAAAUACAAGUUUAAUUUAUGGUUGAGAUCAUUGGCUCAUCUUGAUGAUGACAAACUUUAGAUUGAAAUUGAAAAAUAUUCUUACGACCAUAAUUAUAUUAAUAUGUUGGAAUAUGAGAUAUUAUUAUCAAUCAUUUAAGAGAGUGAAAUUGAUUUAACCAAAAUAAAGAACGGCAUUGUGUUACUUAAACUUAUCAAUUACAAAGAAGAUGAAGAAAAACUAUAGAUUUUAAAAUAGAUGAAAGAUUGUUAUAUAAAUGAAAGUUAUACCCUAAAGAAGGAAUGGUUGACUUUGAUGAUUAAAAUGGAUAAAGAAUUGGAAGUAUAGGAUUUGAACAAUUUGCAAUAAGUUGAUCUCUAUGAUUCCAAUUUCUAAUAUCUAUUGGUCUCGAGCUAUUUGAAAUUGGAUCAAGUCGAGAAGGCAAUUCAACAAUUAAUCAAUCAUUUACUAUUUUCUGAUGGCAAUGCUGAAAUCUGGGCUUUGUUGUAGUAAUCAUUGACCCCUGAAUCUAUUGAGAAGUACAAGGAAGAUUGUAAAAUUUUGAUAAAGUUACAUUUUGGUUAAGGAUUUCUAAAGUAAUUAAUAGAAUUUCCGAAGAAUUAGGAAUUGUUGAGGUUAUUAUAAACUAAAAUUGGGUUUAUCUCGCUUUUCAAUGAAAAGCAGUCAGAAAAAUAUCUCAUUUUUCUAUAAAAGCAGGAAUAAUAUUGUAUGUGA